AUGUCUAUAUUAUGUAUAAGGUUCGUUCUUGACAGACGCUCUUUGCUAUAUGUCCGCGACAGGAGACGCUCUCUGCUAUAUGUCCGCGGCAGGAGACGCUCUCUGCUAUAUGUCCGCGACAGGAGACGCUCUCUGCUAUAUGUCCGCGGCAGGAGACGCUCUCUGCUAUAUAUCUUCGGCAGAAGACGCUCUUUGCUAUAUACCCUCAAACAAAACACAGAAGUCAGAGACGCAAGUGCAGACAAGGAAAACAGCAAGAAGCGGGAGAUUGGCACACAAACACCACUCAACACACCGCGGCGGGACCAUGCUCGAGGAGGUUCUGUGCGAGGCACGGCAUCCACAGCCGCGCAACCACCGGCCUCAGCAGUCUCCUCGACAGUGUUGGAACCAGCUGGUGGAGCUUCUAGGUCGGCAUCCUCCCAGACCACACAGACGGCCCAGACCAGCCCCAAGAUGUCCAGGAAGCAUCGCUACCAGCGUCAGGACUCCACAUCCUCUCACAGCAGUGUCAGCCAUCAUGACACAGGAACUAGUGCUGUCGUUAAUGGGGACACCAGACACAGGGGCCACCAGACCCCAGUGCAGGCUGAGCAACUUCCUUUUGCAGUUAUCAAUCGGAAUGUUAUGAGGCGGGAUUCAUUUGAGAUGCCUCAGAGAACCAUAAUUGACUCUCCUAGGCCUUCACGUUCAAGGUCUCUGCACAAAACCACCAGUGAUAGUAAUGUCCCUGGGCGACAGGCCGCAGUUUCUGGCGGAGGAAGUGCACGCUGGCACCACAGUCCAUUACAGCAGCAUGAACCUGACCAGGAUCCUUACAGCUUUCACCGACAGGCCAGCUUUGACACCGGGCGGGUCAGGCAGAUUGUACAUGUUCCGUCAGAGCCUCUCUUCCCGCAGGCGCAUCCACACCACCACCACCACCCUCCCCACCACCAUCACCACCGUCAGGCCAGUUUGAAUGAGAGCAUGGUGCCUCGACCAGGACAGGGUAUGUCCGAGUCCCAGCACAGUGCAUUCUCUAGUGAUCUCGGCUACGACCACCGGGUGCACUACCAACCUCACCCACAGCAAGCGUUCCCAGACUCCCGCCAGCCAGCAAGCUUUCCUGACAUGAGAGGCCCUUCCUCCGCAACUGUGACACCUGACCCUUCUACUGGUCAUGCUUUCCACAAAUAUGCAGAACUAAGAAAAGGAAGUCUCACUGAUUUCCGGCACGGAGCUGCUCCAGUUUACGCAGAAAACCCUUACAGAAAGGGAUCAUUAUCAGAUGAUAACAACAGUCAGUAUUCUGCAGACAGUGGACCCAUUUCGAUGAUGUACAUAAGAACAGACAGUACUGGUUCAGAUGCGGUUUCUGGCCAGGAACGGAUGUAUAGUCCUGACUUGCAGGGUAGAGAGGAGUGCAUUCCUUUCAGCCAAGACAUUGCCGGCCAACAGGGCAAGGUGAGUCCUGUGCUGCAGUCCGCUGCAGCCGUACCUGGAAAAUCAAAACGGUCAUUUCCAAGAACAAACCCUAAUUAUACAGGACUGUCUCGGCGCAGUGAAGGUCACUCCCCUGGGAGUUCUGGGAUUUACAAGAAGAUCAGUAGUGUGGACAGUCAUCUCUCUGGAGGCAGCAGCUCAGGGGGCUACGACACUGCAGGCUAUAUCAUGGUAGGAAACGGAUGCAGUGCUGCUCCGGCAAGUGUCCACACCUCUCAGUCACUCUCUGAUACCUAUUCAGACCCUCAGAGCCCCCAGAUCUCCCACAGCAGUAGCGGCAACAUCCACCACCAAACUCCACCGUACCACAGCAGAAGUGAUAGUGACGCAUCACAGUCUAGUGCAUCUAGGGCCCAGUUCCGUGACCAGCAACAUCUGCACAUCCAGCAACAACAACAACAACAACAGAGAUCAGAGUGUGCUCAGACCAAGGGACUCACAGACAGUCAGUCUUCCCAUGGUUCAGUGAGAAACAUGUCCGACAUACAUUCCUCCCAAGGGUCUCUGAGGAAUCUUCCAGAAAGUGGCAGGUCUGAAGGUCAAGGCAAAAAUGUGUACCACCACGAGAGGUCAUCAAGUCAGCUGUCCCAGCAUUCUGGCAGGUUGACAGGCGACACUGACGAGCCAGACUAUGUGAACCUACCACCCAGCAACGGCCACACCAACACCAGUUCCAGCACCACUAGCACCAACAGCUACGGCAACAGCAACAACAACAACAACAACAAUGCUGGUAGUGUGCCUAUAACUGUGGAAGAGUCACAACAUUUUGUCUCCUCAUACGGGCAGGACUAUGAGGAUGAUGAUGAUGAUGACGAUGAUGAUGAUGAAGACUUUAAUAAGGAGAAUGUUCAUAUGAGGAAAAACAGUUAUCCUGACUAUGAUAGUGUUCCAGAUCAAGAGUCUGACUCCUCAGGUAUUUUCCCAGCCACACCUAGAGGACAGGUGCAGUCCCAGUCGAUGAACACAGGUGUCAAUACAGGGACCCAGCAUGCCUCCCUGCGAAGGAAAAAGGGGGACAGGCCAGACGCCAGUCCUGUGGAACGCAGCCAGAGUUUGCAGGCAGACGUCACGGUGACAUCACGACCAUUGAGCCUGGUGGUGCCCUCACAGACCGAUUCCAAUAUGGCCAUCAGUCCUUCCACAACUUCACUGAGCAGAGGGUUGGUGUCCGAGGGUGACAUGGAACACUACGGGCGCCAGCACCUGAACCAGCACAAAAAGGGACUCUUUGGGAAGAAGGUGUCUUUAAACAACAUGCUUACCUGGUCCAAGGACCCCAUUCAGAAACCCAUGAUUCGCACCACGGACAAGAGCAUCAAGAAGGAGGCCUACCGCAAGGGCAAGCAAGCCCCAAUGUCUGUAGCCCUGGAUAUCAUCACAAAGGGCUGGUCGACGCCGAACAUGCGGGACGAGAUCUACAUUCAGCUGAUGCGGCAAACAACGGAGAACAAACGAGAAGAGAGUUUACAGCGAGGCUGGGAGUUGCUGGCUAUGUGCCUGCAUUUUUUCCCUCCCACUCUCAAGUUCCACUCCUGCCUGGAGGCUUACUUUCUCAAGCACAAGGAGCCCUCCAGUGACUUUGGCAAUGUGCCAGUUUCACAUUUUGCAGCACAUUGCAACCAGCGGUUAGAGAGAGCCCUGCAGACUGGAGCCAAGAAGGGGGUACGCAAACCCACGCUGGAAGAGGUUGAACAGGCUAAGAAAGCCAUAUUCUGUCCGUCAAUGUUUGGGAGCAUGCUGGAGGAUGUCAUGUUGCUGCAGAAAGAUCGUCACCCAGAACGACAGUUACCAUGGAUACAGAUUGUGCUGUCUGAGGAGGUUCUGAGGCUCAACGGCACCCAGACUGAGGGCAUAUUCAGAGUCCCAGGUGACAUUGAUGAGGUCAACAACUUGAAGCUGCGAUGUGACCAGUGGAUCCUGCCCUCCGACUGCCCGGACCCUCACAUCCCUGCCUCCCUGCUGAAGCUGUGGUACAGGGAGCUCUACGAGCCGCUCAUCCCGGCUCAGUUCUACGAGGCUUGCAUAGAGAACUAUGCCAAUGCUGAUGCUGCCAUUUCUAUUGUCAACCAGUUGCCGGACAUUAACCGCCUGGUUCUGUGCUAUCUUAUUCGUUUCUUGCAGGUGUUUGCUGCCCCAGAGAAUGCAGUGGUCACCAAGAUGGACGUGAAUAACCUGGCUAUGGUGAUGGCCCCUAACUGCUUGCGCUGUGAAAGUGAUGACCCCAGAGUGAUAUUUGAGAACACCAGGAAAGAGAUGGGCUUCAUCAGAACCCUCAUCCAAUCACUGGACACCAGUUUCAUGGAAGGAAUUGUUUGA